AUGAUUCAAAGGAAGGAGGUGGUUCUGUCAGUCCUGGGGGAGCUGCAGGAUGCCACAGAGAGCUCCGGCCUGGACGCCCUCACCAGGGUAGCUCUGGAUGUCCACCAGGUCCUGACCCCCUUCACCCUACCCUCCUCCUCCUGCCAGGAGUUCCCUGACUGGGCAGGCAUCGACGGCGUGGCCCAUAGCCUGUACCCUGCUGACGCCCCUGGAGGCCUCCUACCUCUGGUCUGUAAGGGAGAGGGGAACCUGCUGUUUGAUGCAGCCAGCAUGCUGCUAGUGGGGACUACUAGUCUCAGUGUGGAGCUACAGGUGCGUACGGUGGUGGACAUGCUGCUGUGGAAGAGGUACUACCUGGGUGGUAUGAUCGACUCCAAGGUGAUGCUGCAGGCAGCCAGGUUCAGCCUGUGUGCCGAGGAGUCCCAGGAUAUGCUCAACCUCCCCCUCUCCGUCCUCGAGGCUAUCUUCGACGCCGACGUCAAAGCCUCCUGCUUCUCCGGCUCCUAUGCCAACAUGUGGCACCUCUACGCCCUCUCCUCUGUCCUCCGGUGCAACAUCUACUCUGUCUACCCCAUGUACAACCUCAAGAUACGGCCCUACUUCAACCGCCUGAUAAGACCGAGGUCCUACCCCGAAGACCUGGAUCCAAUCACCAUGCACAUCAUGUGGUCUGGAGAGCUGGAGGGGGGCUCCACCAGCUCCAGGUUCAGACCCAGAGUCUUUGUAGCGUUAGUCCAGGCUAGUGACCUCCAGAUGGGCAGUCCUAACGACGAGCAGAGGGUCCCCCCGCUGAAGUCCCUGGAGCUUCUCAAGGUGGACUCUCACCUGUCCUACUCCAGUCUGAAGGACAAGUACAACAUCACCAAGAGCACCUUCUACCGCUGGAGACGGCAGACACAGGAGCACCGCAAGAAAUCUGCUGCCAGGUACGAGGCCAAACACUUCGUCCAGGCGUGCUACCUGGAAGGGAAUCUUAUCCCACUGCACCAGUUUAAAGAGUUCUUCCCUGAGAUCUCCAGGUCCACCUACUACGCCUGGAAGCACGAGCUGAUCUCGUCCGGCGGCAGUUUCUCCACGGGGGAGGUGAGUCCAGGGGACAGCACGGAGCAGGAAUCCUGGUCCUCCCCUGAGUCCAAGCCCGGGCAGGAGGACCGUGAGGUAGAGCCAGAACCAGAGCACCACAACAGCGUGGCCAGUCUGUUUGGUCUGAACUACAACAAUGAUAAGAUGGACGGGGAACGGGCCCAGAACCUGGCGCUGAUGCAGGAAGCCAAGAAGGUUCUUCAGAAAUGCAUCGCUAUGAACACCUCGUUCCCCUUCAGGAUCUUCAAGAGGAGCUUCCCAGGCAUCUCCAGAUCCACAUACUACAACUGGAGAAGGGAGGCUAUGCUGUUCAAUAGAAGCUACAAGGCUAGACGCAGUGAAGACGGCUCCGAUGCGGACAAGAGUAGCCCCACCGGUGGUCUGUCCCCUAUCAGGGGGACUGAGAGCCAUGGUCACGCUGCCGCCGUCUUCCCCAGAAUGAAGAUCUGUAGAAACAACCGUAAAGGCUUCAGGCUGGUGUUCCUACGCAGGAAGAAACUGAGAGAAGCAGCCAAGGUGAAGUUGUGGAAGUCAAGAUGGCCGUUGUCCAAGUUCAAAGUGAACUACCCCUCCCUGUCACUCUGUUUCUAUUGGAUGUGGCGCAACGGCCCGAGUCAAAACAGGAAGGAGGAAAUCACCCACCCGUCUCUAGAGGUGAACAGACCUGAGAAUAUUAUGGAGAGCGUUAACCCAGUAAUGGAGAACGUUAACGCCGUGACGAAGAGUGAGAUGAAGACGAGGGGUCUGACACAGGACGUGUUCUUCUCUGAGGGGGAUCCAACAGAGGGUCCGAGAGGCCCUUCCACAAUAACCUCUGUGACACCCCCCUUUGAUGCCCCUCUCCCUCUACCCAGGUCCCCCCUGCCCCUCCCCAACCCAGCCAAGAUGUCCGCCGCCGCCACCACCGCAACAGACGACCAGAUGUUUGUGAUGGAUCUGGUGGUCCUGGCCAACUUCAAGGCCAAGGCCAAGCUGUUCCUCCAGCAACGCUUCGAGGAGAAGUCCUUCCCCACCUUCAAAGAGUUCAGGUCCUACUUCCCCCUGACUCCCCGCUCUACCUAUUAUAUGUGGAAGAGGGCCCUGCAUCACGGAGUGCCACUGGUACAUGGCUGAGAGACAUGGCUGAGAGACAUGGCUGAGAGAGGGCACCAAGUGAAAUGGUGGUCAUGCACUCUGUUACAGUAGCUUUAAGCAGAAGGGUGUCCCUGUAACAAACUGAAAUGCUCUCGUCUCUAGUCUCUUCAGAAUCCUAAACUAUCCCCUCUCCCCCCUUCACUCCCUCAAACAGAGCCAUCAGUAUCAACUCACCCCCUCACCCACUUUUUUUAUUUUUUAUGAUGUAGAUUUUUCACAAUUUUUCUUCAACUGAGCACACUGUAUUUGUUUGGUUGGAGGUUUGUUUGAGCACCUGGGUGAAGCCUAAUGCAUUGGAAUUGUAGCUAAAUGCAUCUUAAUCAUGAUUUGUCCUCCUCCUUGUUUGUUCCUGUCCUCCCUCCAUUCCUUUAUCUAUCACCUUCAGCUCAUGGACAUUUGCACGUGUGUGAAAAGAGACUGUUCCACUAAUCUUCCGCUGGCCUCCAGGCAAAAGGCAGUUCAAAGUCACCCUGAUGGUGACAGUGGAGCUUUAUUUAAAUGGCUCUUUGUUUGAGAAUGGUUGUUCCUUCUCCUCUUGUCUCUGUAGUCUUGGUUUUAAUCCCAUCUCUCUCAGGAUGGUUGGUUUUAAUCAUCUCUCUCGGGAUGGUUGGUUUUAAUCCCAUCUCUCUCAGGAUGGUUGGUUUUAAUCAUCUCUCUCGGGAUGGUUGGUUUUAAUCUCAUCUCUCUCAGGAUGGUUGGUUGGUUUUCAUCUCAUCUCUCAUCUCUCUCUUAGUUCGUUAGUAAUUGUUUUCAGGGUGUGCUGUUUUUGUUAAUCCAUUUGAUGUCUGUCUAUCUGUUCUAGAGGAUUCCAAGUGGUUUACCUUUUUUUGUUAAUGAGUUGUAUUGAAAGAAGUCUGUAUCUGUUCUAGAGGAUUCGUAGUGGUUGAAGUUUUUUGAAUUUUUUUUAUAAUUUUUUUUUAUUUGUUGUAUUGAAAGAAGUCUGUUUGAGUUAUGGGGAAAGGUAUUUGUUUCAGAAAUCAAGUGUAUCCUUUUUCCCCCUCCCUUUUGGUUGUCCAGGCAUGUUCUGCAAACACUGAGUUUUGAUUCCCCAAAAAAUUGACAAUUGAAUGUACAUCCAAAAGGAUGAUUUCACUUGGUACAUCGCUGUUUCCGUUUCAGGGUCUUUACUUCAACAUGAUGUGAUUUAUAUAGCAGUAGAUGCUACACCAAACAGGUAAUCACCUAUAGCUGUGGCCCAGCGAGUCUCCUAACUCUAGGUGUUCUGCACUAUGUUAUUUCAUUGGGAUACAGAACAUAUCUCAACCACAAACAGUAUGAGGGGGGUUUAUUGGUUUUCCACCAUAUGUUACAGGGUUGUCUUUUCAAGACACGUUUGUUUUAUUUUCAUUGACACAUUUGUUUACUAAUGAAUGUUUACAACACUUCUGGACUCACUACCAGAACAUGUAAUUAUAAUAUACUAAUUGGCCUCAUUGAGUAUAUAUUUCCUUUUAUGAAUCUCUAUUUUCUUUAUGAUUACCAUGCUUUUUUAAAUAUUUUUUUAAAAACUACCCAUCAUGUUUUUGUCUGGUUACUAUACUGUGAAGUGUCUUCUUGAUAUUUGAAGUCUUAAACUAUGGUAUGUUAGUUUUCAUCAAUUAUGUUUUUGACUUUUACAUAAAAAAUUUUUUUAAUGUCAGUAAUUUUUUUUCCAAACCACAUUUUCUCUUGAGUAUUGACAUUUUUAGACACUGGUGUAUAACUGCCGUCAUAGUAACCAAACAUUCUAUAUUUCAGUUUCUGCAUAUUUAUUUGUUUGUCAUCUGAUGGAGUGUACUACAACAACAACAACAACAUGUUUCUCACUCACAUAGUGGAAAAUAUUUUUUACCCCAUUUUGCUAUAAGGCAGAAUAUCAA